ACAUCAGUGAGCCUUAGACACCCAUGACCAUGCUGCUGAGUCAGUGGUUGUUCUUCCUUGCACAACGUUUGGAGGAAAUCUGAGAACACAGACGGAAAUCCAGACACAGACACGGUGAGAACAUGUGAAACUCUUCACAGACCGUAACCUGAGCUCAGCACUGAACCCUAGAGCUGUGAGGCAGCACCUCUACCUACGGCACCCUAAGCUGUUUGUCUUAUCAUAAAAUCAUUUAACAAUAAAGUGAGCGAUUUACGCCCUUUAUAAUGCAUGCAUUGUUUUGUACACCUAUAUGCUAACAAUGAAUGAUCCUUUGUAACGCCCUGUUUGAAGCCGUGUAUGAACCCUUUGGCUUUCCACAACAUGACUGAACGGUCCCGCGGAGGACGUGUCGGAACGGAGUGCGCGCGAGCUUUACGGUAGCCUCUACAGAAAUGUGAAUGGGUGGUUUAUUUGAUACUCACUGCCAGACCCUUACACACACACACACACACACACACACACACACACACCCGGCCGUAGCUCUGAAAGCAACUGCGUAAUUACGCGCAGUCACUUGUUCUGUUGGAGGAAGACUUGCGGAGUGAAGACGACUCUGAAAUCAUUACCUGGAUAAAGAAGAUUAGUCAGUUUUGGAGGUAGACAGAUACAGUCGAGAGUGAAGGUGAAGAAGGAGAGAGCAGAUGCCAUGCUGCUGUCGACGCUGUUCUGGUUUUCUCUUGCGGUGCCACUGGGCCAAACUCUGGAGUUUCAAUACCACAACACAGCUCAGAUGGAGCAAUAUCUACACGAAAUCAGCAAAAACUACUCCAGCAUCACACACCUGCACAGCAUCGGCCAGUCUGUUGAAGGAAGAGAGCUUUGGGUGCUAAUACUGGGUCAACGUCCUAAAGAGCAUCGUGUCGGCAUUCCUGAAUUCAAAUACGUUGGCAACAUGCAUGGUAAUGAGGUGGUGGGGCGAGUCUUGCUGCUCCAGCUGAUCGAUUAUCUGACCCGCAACUAUAUGAGCGACCCUUUUGUGACGAAGCUGAUGAACAGCAUGCGUAUACACAUCCUGCCCUCGAUGAAUCCAGAUGGCUUCGAGUCGUCAGGACGUGACUGCAUGUACUCACAGGGCAGGUUCAAUAAAAAUGGCGUGGACCUGAACCGGAACUUUCCGGAUGCGUUCAUGAGUAAUGCUGAACAGGUGAGAGAAAAGGAGGUGGAAGCAGUGAUGAAGUGGCUGAAGACAGAGCUGUUCAUUCUCUCCGCUAAUCUCCAUGGAGGAGCAGUGGUGGCAAGUUACCCCUAUGAUAACAGCAACGGAGGCCAUGAGCUGCAGGGGGACUCCAGCAUUACUCCAGAUAAUGAUGUGUUUGUCCACCUGGCCCAGACUUACUCAACUAACCAUGCAAGCAUGCAAAAGGGAAACAAAUGCUAUGAUUCCAAGGAUUUCGCCGAUGGCAUCACUAAUGGCUACAGAUGGUAUCCACUAGAAGGUGGGAUGCAGGACUACAAUUAUGUUUGGGCUCAGUGUUUAGAGAUCACUCUUGAGUUGUCUUGCUGUAAGUUCCCUCCAGAACAUGAACUGCCAGACCUGUGGGAGGCCAACAAGCCUGCACUGCUGGCCUACAUGCAACAAGUACAUCUAGGUGUAAAAGGUCAAGUGUUCAACUCAAAUGGAGCUCCAGUCCAAAAUGCCUCAGUGGAGGUAGAGGGGAGGAAGAAUCUUUGUCCGUUUAAGACAGAUCACAACGGAGAGUAUUACAGGCUGCUGUUGCCAGGAAACUACACCAUAACGGUGACAUACCCAGGAUACAAGCUGCUUACAGAAACUGUGUCAGUGCCGUACGAUCUGGACAAAUUCACUGCUUUAACACACAACUUCCAGCUUGAGAAAAGUGCCAGCACUACAAUCCUUGAGGCAACAGAGCCCACUUGCCCAUCACCUGAAGCCAGACACAGAGAGAACUACGGUGCGGCUCUGCUGCCAAGUGCCAUCACUGCACUUAGUGCCCUCACACUUCACACACUCCUUCUGUGAGGAGACGGAUGACUGAUUUGACUGCUGAUUGAAUGAAAAGGUGCACAUUUUACUUGCACAGCCACAUGGGCCAUGUUUUUGUCUUGAUAUAUUUUUUUUAGUUUAUUAGGAUCUUUCUUUCCUUUUAAAGGUCAUGAAAGGAAAGCAACUGACUCUGAAUAUUGCAUUUAAAGAACUGCCUCAUCAGAGAGGGGCUGUGCUUUGGGAGCUCAUAAUGGAACACAGGUCUGUCUUCCUCUGUCAUGCCUACAGAUGAGCAUGGAGUAAAGAAAACCAAAACUCUAGGCAGCUGAUAUAAAAGUGCAAAUUGUCUCAGGCCUGGCAGCUUUGACUGUGGAAUUCCACACAUAGUUUCUUUGACAUCUUGCCAGUUUUGUCUAAAACUAAAAAGCAUAAAAGUCACCUUGAACGACUUGCAUAUCAAUAUUUUAAUGAAUAUGUAAUAUCCAGUCACAUCAAAAAUUUGUUUUAUAAUGAAUAUAAAAUAGUUUCCUUACAAUGCUGUUAGACUAGCCACUGAUUGUGGCGCACCUGGGAAGUCCUUGCUUCAUCUCCACAGCACUGCAGCAGCACUUUUUGUCUGUGUAGUUCUUCCACCUCCUCAUCUAUACACUCUGCUCAUGCUAAUAUCAAGGUCCUUGAUCUACUCUGUCAUGUUGUCAUCUCGUAGACCUCAAACUGUUGCAAACAAGCCGGGUAUGGAUGACUACAUCCUGUACCUGCGUUGUAUCCCGGAACGUGGUGUCUAACCGUAAGCCUUUAUGUGGAUAAUGGGUUUAAAAAGUCUUAAACACCAUUAUAACUGUACAAACGAUAUCCUUUUAGGAUAAUGAGCAGAACACAGCUCAGCAUCAAGCAACAAAUUUACACUAGAAGUGCACAGUAAAGUUAAGUAAAUAGUGGCUCUUUCCUGUAAGAUUUUUUUUUAAUAUGGCCACUGGAAACAUUUUUUGUUCCCUCGUAGAACGUUUUUUUUCCCACUAGGGUUAAAGCUCAGACAUGUGAUUAUUCCAGCUUUAGUUUAUUGUGACAGUCUAAAAUUUAACAUGAAUAAUUAAGAUUUGAAGUAAAAAGCAGGAUUUUACAACUGGAAAAAAACUUGAAUCCCUAAGGCCUUAACUAAUUGUUAUUUUAACUAAAGUAUAAUUUUAAGUUUAGCAUAGACACACUCUGUGUUAAGUUUUCAUUUCUGUCCAUUUUGUUUUCCGUGAAGUCAGUUAUUUCAGAAAGUGAUUGAUCCAGAAUUUCAGAUUAUGCAGGUAUUUUCUCAGGCCAUAACAGUACUUUUAUUUACUUAUAACAUUUAAACCUUGAAUUAUUUCUGAAACACAUCUGUUUGUAGAGAAAGUGUUCACUUUCUGGUUCCAUGAACUCAAAUGGCUAUGCCAAAAACAGCUCUUUUCUCUUCUACCUCAUCCUGGCCUCAUACUGGUAUAUUUACUUGUAGUGCCUUAAAUAAAAUUGUUACGUUCA